CCCGGGUCAGGAGCCUGGUCUUCCGGCCGUCCCAGGACUGUCUGCAGGAGAGGCGCCAUAGCCAGCGCAAGCGAGACAGACACACAGACUCACAGACACCGAGAGAGACAGAGAGAGAGAAGGACGCGAUGGACUCUUCGGAAGGGUUGCCGUGGCUUGUUGAUCUCGACGAUUAGCGGUGCUGCGGGUUGGCUGGUUGAAGAUAAAAGGUAGAGGUUGCAGAUUUCAUGGCUGUGGCGAACCCUAGCUACGAUCUGUGCCUCAGAACCAGGAGUCGGGGGAAAGCUCUGCGUCGGGGGGUAAUGUAGAGUGUUGGAGUUGAAGGUGUGGUUUACUUACCUUGCGGGGAUGUGUUCGAUGGUUUUUUUGAUUUUAUUUUUUUGAUUAAGAGGAGUGUGGAGGUGCAGGCUCGGUGGAUGUCGGUGGAGUUUGAAGAGGACGGAGUAGACAGGGCGUUGGGGUGGGUUUACCGCAGUACAUGUUUCGCAGCGGAUUGUUUGACAUCACAGUGCCUUGGGGCGACGUCAAAAGAAAGCUUCUCUUCACGUCUGCAUCACUCUUCCUGGUUUUCCAUAUUCUUCUCUGAUGGAACGAGCUGUCGAGCUGCCACAUUAUUUUUAACAACUCUUAUCAUCGUAACAGAAUUUUUUUUACCGUCAGCAAUUCCUGAAAGAGCCUUGUGGAGCGGGAGAGAGAGAGGGGGUUUAAGAAGAUGCGCUGGUGGUGAAGGAAUAGAGAGAAAAUGAAGUCGUUCAAGAAGCUGCGGGACUUAGCGCGGCAGGGAGGCAAAGCUAAAGACAAGCACAAUUAUGGAAACGAUAAUAACCGUCGAUAUGAGGCGCAUGGAGUGGGCUACGUGGAGCCGACUGAGGAUGCGGAACUCGUUACCAAUGGAAUGAAGGAUAUUAGAAGCAUACAGAAGAAAUAUGAGUCGCUUGUCAGCUUGUCAACCGAAGUUUCCCAUCGAGCUUACGACUUAUCCACAGCUGUAUCAGAUAUGGCCUCAUACUUUGUGGCUCCUGGUGUCUUGGACGAUCAAGAUAUUGGGAAAAUAUUUAAACUUGUGGGAGAAGUGCAGUUCGUAAUUUCGCAGUCUUUGGAACUUUAUGCAUCUCAUGUCACCCAAACAGUCACCACCCCGACAGAAAAUCUUAUUGGUGAUUUACGAGAUGUCAUGGAAACCAAAAAGCAGUACGAUGAGAGAAGACAGUCCUUAUAUCAUCAUCGGCUACGCAUAGCAAAAGGAAGAUCUAAAAUUGGAAAGACCGAUGCUCAGGAGGAAGAGCAGCUAGAAAAUGUUAGAGAACAAUUUGAAGAAGUCAGCCAGUUUUUAGGAGAUCGGCUACUCUCGUUACGCCAAGGUCGGCCUCGAAGCCUUAUAACUCAAACUGCCCGCCAUCAUGCUGCCCAGAUGCAAUUGUUCAGCAAAGUACUUACAUCACUUCAUGGCAUUGAGCCUCAUAUGAAGCAAGUCACUAAAGAGUUGAACAUUGACCGACAUCUAAGUUCCGCUGACGGAGAUGUAUUUAAUGAUGAGAUUGAGGAUGAUGAAGACGUGUCAGACAUUGAGCAUCAUCUCGAUGAUGCUGGGUCCUAUUUUGACGACGCCGACGAAGAGAAGGAACAUCACCAUGUAAGAGAAGAUGAUUUGGGGUCGGAAAGCUCUGAAAUUGAAGCUAAUUCACGAUUGAACAUGUCCCGGGAAUGGAGCUCUCACAUGGCAUCAGGAAGUGAUAGGCCUGGAAAUUCGGAGAACGAGGGGGAUUCCCCGUUGCCUCGAUGGAUAAUCAAAGGGAGUAAGUCAGCACCCUCAUCACCACUUACUGCCUCUCAAGGUGUGGAUGAUGUUGACAGGGCUCCUCCCACAUAUGUCUCUGCUGUUCUACCCCCCACCAGAUCGCCACCACAUGUUUCUGAUAGAGGUCACUCGGGGGUGUUGUAUAGUGACACGCGUCCUUAUGAACACAAACCCUCAACCUCUGAACAGACUUCUCCUCGUCAUCACAACGGUACACCCGGGCAAACGCCACGGUUUCAGGGGCGAGCAACAAAGAUGGGUGUUCCAAUGUCGAUGUUUCCGCCAUUCGAUCCUUCACAGACCACUUGGCCUAUGCCUUUACCUCCACCUAGUGACCCGCCUCCCAUAUUGAAAUUCCCAGCUCCAACUGCCGGAGGCUUUAUUGCGGCAAAUUCUGGUGCUCCUGGUAAUAAGCACAAGAGAUACAGUUAUUCAGGUCCUCUUACUUCUUCCUCAAAACCGAGGGAUAGAGCAUAUUCUUCAGAUGUUCCAAGUAGUGGGCCACUGCGGCCAUUUCCUUCUUCAACAACUUGGUCUGAUCAGUCUAGGUCACCUAAACUUUCUCCAUCCAUUUCCCCUUCUAAAGUAUCUCCACCUCAAAUUAGUGAGUUACACAAACUCCCUCCACCUCCCCUUGGUUCUAGCUCGUCCCCUAUAGCAGCAUCGUCAAGUUUGAUCGCGCACUCAGCGCCUUUGCAUAGACAUGCUGAUAGGCAUGCCUCUCCCCUUCCUCCUCCUCCUCUUGGUAAUGCAUCUCAGAACCUUUCCGUCGGAGGAGCCGGUAAGUUGCAAAAUAUACAGCGAUACAAGGGGUUGGCAAUCUCUGAGGAUGAAGAGAGAGCUAUUCCAUCUGUACAGCCCGUACGAACUUCGCACAGUGGGCAUAGUGGACUGCUAACUACCCCUAGCAAUCCGCAGAUUGGUCACAAGAGUCCCUCGCUACAAAGGAGUGUAUCCGGCUGUGGGGUCUCCGCGGCUCCUAGACAUGCUACACUCCACUUGACAGCUCCUGGUAGAGUGCAAUCUGGAUCAGGUGACAAAAAGAUGUGGAGACUCAACACUACGAUUCACUCUUCUCCAAGUUUGUCUUUAAAAUAUUCCGUGGAGUCACCUCCAUCUAUCGAUUCUUUUGAAGGAAAGGAAAGACCUCGGUUCGCCUCCAGCGACUUUGAAACAGCUCGUCGAUCUUUGGACAUGGCAUUAACAAGCGGCACCAGCAACAACACUAAACAGUCGAAGUGGUCGAAAUGGAGAUCCUUUUCAGCCCAUGAUGGAGAGGACUUGUCGAUGAUGUCCCAGUUGGGAACCAAACAUCAUCAUCGAGAUAGCUUGCAAGCGCAUGGUUACCACGCUAGCCCCAGGCUUGGUACCACAACCUAUGGCGUUCGACAUGUUUGAUAUGCCAGCGGUAACGGGGUUAGUAUUGUUACAAUAAUUCUCCGUAUAUAACAAAAGCUCUCAUAGCCCGAUGUAUAUUUAGGACUACUCUUAGGCUCUAUUUGCUGAAUUAAAUUCAUGAUCCCCUUCUCUCCCCAUUGUACCAAUCAUGAAGUAGAAGCUUGAAAUUGUCCGGCAUCUUUCUACCCUGCCUUCUCUUUACACUUGUUAUUUCUUAUGAAUCUGUUUCCUAUUUUUACCAA